AUGAACCUCAUUGACAUUCAGGAUCAACUUGUGACUCCCGCAGACUAUCAGGUAGUCUUGUCCAAUGUCAACCAUUACACAUCUCCCGUAGUCACUUUCAUCAACAACAACAAAGUCGUGGAGUUUGAUAUUGAUCUGGCCCCCACUCACAUUGAUGACAUGUCUUGUCUCCUCCUCGACAUAUGUGAGAUUGAACCAUAUUUACCACCUCCAUUGUAUCUGAGAAUCUGUGCGUACCUGCAGGAUGUACUGAAUCUCCUGCAAACCAUUGAAGAUCAACAUCUGAUAUCUCUUGGAAAUCCUGUCACUCCUCCAGGCAGAUUGUGGGAGAUGAGUCCAACUGGCAUAUGGCAAUUAGUGAUCGAUACCCCUAUGCUUGUAGACCUAUGUGCCGAGGGCUUCACUGAUGGUGAAAUCAAAGAAUUCCUUGGAUGUAGUGAGAGAACCAUCAAGCAAAGGAGACAACAGCUUGGUAUUUUCAAGAGGGAAUUUCCUGAGCUUUCUGAUGAAGAUAUAGCUGGUUGGGUGUCAAGGAUACUGCCCACCCUGGGACAGAGGACAAAGGACAAGGGGACAAGGACUAGGAGGGACAAGGACUAG